AUGAAGAAUCAACCUGGAAAGUAUCUUCAGAUGUUUCUUGAGUGUGUGGAAGAAGGAUCUGACGAGAUAAUUUUUGAAGGAGUUCACCUAAAAACUAAUCCUCAUCGAAACGAAAGAAUGAAUCAGUUGGAAGAGUUUGAGACAGACAGGCAAGCAUUCAUUGAUGCCCUGGUAAACAACAUCACAUCAAGGUUCCCCAAUGUUCAACUACUUUCUGCUUUUCAGGUAGUUAAUAUCAAUCAUUGUAAAAAAAAUAGUUUUUUAGUUCAGUAUAUUUUUAGUAUACAUAUAUAUGUAGUAUAAGGUGGACAAAAAGCCUUAGCAAGGUUAACAGCCCAAAUGUAAAUUGAAAAACGAAGUCAAAUAGAAAAACAGUUAAUCAGCUUUUAUUUAUUAUCCAGCAUCCCGUAGUAUCUAGUGUCUCAUUAUUUUAUAGAUAUUUGAUCCUUCUGCUUACCCAGAAAACCUUCAGCGACUCGCAGGAUGGGGUUAUGACCAUCUCAAAAACCUGCUCGAUUUCUAUGGCGAACCUAAGCGUUUGGAGAAUCAAGUCAUCCAGGCUUUGGUGAAAGCAGAAGCUGCGGAAGAAGAGUUCCUGUUUUUCAAACGGCUUGUUUACCAAAACAGGGGAGAAGAUCGAAACGAAAAUGAGCAGCUGAAGUUCUGUUUUUACAAACCGCAAGAAUUAUUUACUAAGCUAUUUGGUGGUGGCAAUGUAGACAACAAAAUGAUCUAUCCACGUACGUUUAUUCCAUUAGCAUCAUAUUAAAUUCCUAAAUCCUAGAAACAGUUUACUAAUACUACCAGUUGCCAUAUAAUGUGAAUACAAUGUUUGCUCUUCCCUUCUCUAGAAAUAUACAAGCUUAUGGUCUUGACCUUGACAACGAUGCCUUCAAAUGCAGAGGCUGAACGUGUAUUUAGCGUUCAGAAUAGAGUCAAAACCAAGCUGAGAACAAGGCUUGGGAUAAAUAUACUGGACGAGCUUGUGAGAGUGUCAUAUUCUAAGACAUCAGGAGAGUCCCUUGAUUUAGAUACUGCUUUAGCUAUAUUUAACGAGAAGCCACACAG